AUGUCUUUAGAAGCAGUGGCGGAGUUAGCUGAUGAUAUUAUCAAUGUCAUACCACCAGCAUCAAGAAUCAAAAGUACUGCAAUAUCUGCUACAAAUCCAUUCAAAAAACAGCAAGGGCAGUCGCUAAUGGCGGCAAGUGAUUGCCUCAAGACGUCGCACCGUAUGUUUGUUACCGAUAAAAAUUCAAAACUGCAAAUUUUAGUCGACACAGGAUCAGAUUUGUGUGUUUGGCCACGAAAAUUAUUACGAGGGCACUGCCAAGCAACAAAUUUGAAUCUUUAUGCAACAAAUACAACCACUAUUAAAACUUACGGUGACAUACAUAUACAACUAGAUUUGGGCUUGAGAAGGAAAUUCAGAUGGCGCUUUGUAAUAGCAGAUGUGACAAAUUAUCCUAUUAUUGGCUCAGACUUUCUUCAUUUUCAUAAUCUAUUAGUGGAUAUUUGUCUUAAAAGACUAGUGGACGGAAAUACAAACUCAUAUGUUGCUGGCAUAAUUAGAAGUGUCAACCUUACCAACAUUACUACAAUCACAGACGAAUCUGAAUAUGGCAAUUUAAUUAAACAGUUUCCAAAUAUUAUAAAACCUAGUGGCACACCAAGAGAAAUUAAACACAAUACUCUUCAUCAUAUAUUAACCACACCAGGACCACCAGUUAUUUGCCGACCUCGCAGACUUAGUCCUGUUCAAUAUGCAAGAGCAAAAACCAAGUUCGAUGCUUUGUUAGACGCUGGUGCUGUAAGACGUUCCGAGAGUCUCUGGAGCUCACCAUUGGACAUGGUGCCCAAGAGAAAUGGUUCCUGGCGUCCAUGUGGUGACUACAGAGCUUUGAGUGUACGAACUAUUCUCGAUCGCUAUCCAGUAAAAAACAUCAAAGAUUUUUCAUAUAAUUUAUUUGGUUUUACCAUCUUCUCUGUCAUCGACCUAGUUCAAGCUUAUACUCAGAUACCUAUUGCACCAGAAGAUAUUGCGAAAACAUCCAUCACAACACCCAUUUGA